AUGAAGACAUAUCAUCUGAAAAGACUUUAGACAAAGAAACAUGGAAACAAAAAUGACAACACAGCAGGAAGUGAAUGUCAGGGUGGCAGUAAGGGUGAGGCCACUUCUACCAAAGGAGAGGGUAUCUGGAGAAGAAAUGUGUAUGCGGGUUGUGCCUUCCAGUAAUCAGCUCAUACUGGGGAAGGACAGAGGAUUUACAUUUGACUAUGUCCACUCACCAAAAGUUUCUCAGGAAGAAGUAUACAAGUCAUGUGUAGAAUCUUUAGUUGGGAGUAUAUUUGAAGGAUACAAUGCCACUGUAUUUGCCUAUGGCCAAACGGGUUCUGGUAAGACCUACACAGUGGGAGGAGGGAACAUGAACGCUCUGACAGAGGAGGAAUAUGGCAUUAUCCCAAGGGCCCUCAAAGAUAUGUUUGAUUACAUGCAGGCUAAUAAAGAGGUGGAAUACUCUGUUAAAGUAUCUUACAUUGAAAUUUAUAAAGAAGAACUUCAGGAUCUUCUGGACAUUGAGACACCAGCCAGCAAUCUCCAUGUCAGAGAGGAUGAUAAAGGCAAUACUGUGAUAAUUGGGGCCAGGGAGGUAGAGUGUGAAACACUUGAUGAUGUCAUGAGUCUCCUCGAGUCUGGGUCAGCGGUCCGAACCACAGGGUCCACACAGAUGAAUGAACACUCAAGCCGUUCACAUUCUGUAUUUACUGUCAACAUAGGUCAGAAAUGGACAGAAAAUGAUGUCAUGGCAGAGAAAAGAAAACAAAGUGAGAGCACCGAGUCCCUGGAUGAAGAUAUCACCCACACCAUGUGUGGGAAGUUUCAUUUCGUUGACCUUGCGGGAUCUGAAAGAGCUCACAGAACAGGAAAUGUGGGAGACAGGUUCAAAGAGUCAGUACAUAUCAAUUCUGGACUGUUGGCACUGGGUAAUGUCAUCAGUUCUUUAGGGGAUCCAAAGAAGAGAUCAACUCACAUUCCCUACAGAGAGUCCAAAAUCACCCGACUUCUGAAGGACUCCUUAGGAGGAAAUGCCAAAACUCUGAUGAUUUGCUGUAUAAGUCCGUCCUCAGCCAAUUUUGAUGAAUCUCAUAAUGCUUUAAAGUAUGCCAACAGGGCCAGGAAUAUCAAGAAUACCCCUAUUGUGAACAGAGAUGUGCAGUCCAUUAGAUUUGAAGAAAUGCAGUGUGAAAUAAAGGCCUUGAGAGAGGAGUUGGUGAGACAGAGGACGUCUAUGCUGAGUAAUGGUGGAGGUGACAAUGUGUAUAAUCCAGAGAAAGCCAUGCAGGACGCACAAGAGAUGAAAAAGUUAGAACAACAAGUCAUUAGAUUACAGACGGAGUGUUCCCACUACAAGAUGAUCGCAGAGGAGGCCUACAGACAGCUGAUUGAGAUCCAGCAGCGGGACAUCCUGUCUAAGAGUCAGGACUUCAGGCUAAAGGACUGGCUGGACCUGAUGGAGGAGAUCAAAAACAAGGUUCCUGCAACUCUAACUAAGGAGGAAUUAGAAAACCAGACAAUUCGAGAUCUGCAGUCCCAACUUAAGAAGUGCAGGGAAGAUCUCAAAAGUGACGAGGAAAUCUUCGCAGAGAAAAAUAAGGAUUUUAACGGACUAAUUGAGAGAAAUGAGGAAUUGGGUAAUUUACUAGAGGAAACUACUAAGAAAUUGUCAGAGGCUGAGAACCAGAUUAGGAAGCAGGAACAGCAGAUGAUUGAACAACAGAUGAAGAUUGAGGAACUACACAAAGCUCUCAAGGAGGAUGUACAUGACAGUGUUAUUUUGACAAACCAGGAUGAGUUGUUUAGUGAGAGCAGUAUACUGGACGAGGAAGCAGUGGCGUCGAGUGCUCCGGCUGGAAUGACCGGGGGUCAGCGGCCAAAGUCUGUUCCUGUCCAGUUGUCAAGGAGACCAGAUGCUUACCCUGGACUUAGACCACCAUCCAGAAACAUCAAGACCAGCCCGGCCUUGUUCACUCUCGAGCGAGUGAUGAAGAGUUUCCGGGCUCGGAGUCAGUUAUUGGUGAGUCGCCUUGAGGACAGCGAUGAGGUCAUGCAUCAGACAUUUGAUGAGGAUGAGGAAAACAUUGCCAUUGGAAACAGUCUUGGGGAUGGAAGUAAAUUCAAGCGGAAGGGAACAUACAAAGUAAAGAAAGGUCCAGGAAACUCAGAAGACAAUAAAGAAAAUAAUGCAGAUCAGAUGAACAUCCCAGCCAUCAGAAUCAGUAAACCAGCCAUCAGGGGAAGUGUGUCCUCCUCAGCUGGAGACCCCGUGUAUGAGACAGUAGAGGAUCGCCUGAGGAAGAGUAUUAAUACACAGAGGAAGAUUAAGGAGACCCAGAUCAAAAUGUCGGAGGACCACCAGAAGAUGAGAGACCUCUCGAUAAACAUCAGAAUGAAAGAACAGCUUAUAAAGGAACUUGUUAAAACAGGGAAAGAUGCUGAAGUCCUCAAUAAACAAUAUGCUGAGAAGAUUAAGCAUCUGGAAAAAGAGAAAGAAAAGACUAAGUCUGAUUUGGAGGAAACUCACAAACUUCUGACAGAGUUAGAGACAAAUAAACAUCAGGAGAAGGUGGAAAAACAGAGACUUCAGCAAGAAUACAAGAAAAAGUUGGAGCUUUCCAAAGCAAAAAUGUCUGCCAUUCAAAGGAAGCAAAAAGAAACAGAAAAGAUUGCCAAUUUCUCAGCACAAAACAGCAAAAAGAUUUCUGAUUUGGAGAUGCAGGUGGAUAGGAUGAGACAACAGCAGGAUCAGCUACAGAAACGACUCAAGGAUGAAUCAGAAAAGAAGGGGAAGCUAGAGAAAGAGAUGCAGAAGGAAGCACAGAAGGUGAGAGAUUUACAGAAGAAGAAUGAACAUCAAGAGAAAUUGUUAAAGAAGAAAAAUGAGGAGAUAGCUGCCGCACAACGUAAACUUAAGUCCGGGACGUUACCCCCCAUACAAAUCGAUGACAUGGAGAAGAUAGAGGAGCAGAAAAGAUGGCUGGACAAUGAAGUGGAGAAGGUGGUGGAACAGCGGAGACAGGUGGAGGAACUUGAAGAGAUUCUUAAAAAAAGAGAAGAAAUUGUCAGCAAGAAGGAGGCCAUACUGAAUGAGAAGAGUGAGCUGGAAAUGAAGAAGUUACGAUCUAGUCAAGUAGUCAAUAAGAACAUUUUGACUGUGUCGUCUAAGUUGGAUACAGUGGAUAGAAUGAUAGAUGAGAAGAGCAGAGAACUAGCUCACACACCCUUAGAGGACCAGCAAAGAAUUAAGGAGGAGCUGGGUUUACUACAGGGGAACAGAGACACACUGCAGAAGAAGAGGGGAGUCCUGGAAGAGAAACUUCAGGAGGGGAGGCUGAUGUCACCGCAGGAUGAGAGGAGAUUGAUAGAGCUAGAUGAAGCCAUUGAAGCUUUGGAUGCUGCCAUUGAGUAUAAGAAUGACCACAUCAACAGUAAACAACUGGAACUUAGGCACUCACAGGUGCUCUCACAGAGUGAGGAUUCUGUCAUGAAUAGACUAAAAGCACUCUCAGCUGUAGAAACCAAGACACUGCUGUCUAAGUACUUUGAAAAAGUAGUCAAUUUAAGAGAAAAGGAGAGGAAGACCGAUGUUCAAUGUAGUGAAAUGGAGGUGAAGUUAGAUGAGCAGGAGCAGUUGAUUCGUGAGUUGGAGGGUGCACUCCAGCGGGCAGCAGUGGAGGUGGACCGUCGUCUGACAAAGCAACAAAGAGAGUACGAACAGAAGAUGCAGUUACUGAUGCAACAGAUCACCACCAGUAGCACCGCGGUGGAGGAUCAACCAGUGAUGGAAACCACCGAAACAAAAAUCCAUCGGUUGGAGAAGGACCUGUAUUUCUACAAGAAAACCAGUAGGGAUUUGAAGAGGAAGUUAAGAGAUUUGUAUGCGUCAGGUGUUAUAAAAUCCCAUGAUGACGUGGGCCUAAACUCUCUACAAAGCUCCGUUGAUGAUCAAGAGUUACCUCCCAUGUCAAAUAAUCACUCUCACAUUCCAAGCUCACUCAACAGGGAAAGAGAAAUCCGUCCCUUGAGUGGUAGAAGUGAAGGUCAUGGUUCAAGGCCAAGUUCAGCACGGAAUGCUGUUGUGACACACACCAGUAUUACUCCAGUGAAAAUUUCUAGGAAUAAUCUCCGUCUGAUGACAGAAAAAGAAGUAUCUGUCCGGAGGUCGAAUCUCAGUACAAGCCAGCAGAGUGUGGGAUCUCCACCCCCUCCUCAGGAUUCUCUAGAUCCUGGUGGAGGCAAUAAUCCUUGGGGCUGAAGCUUUGAGUCAUCAGUGUAUUAUUUUAUGUGUUCAUUCCUGACAUUUGGUUGGUGCUGUGUUAUACCAUGGUUUAUCUCCCCUGAUCCCCAGGUAGGAGUGGGGAGUGAUAGUGCUAGUGACAAUGAGGACAAAGGAGGGGUGGUGUACUAACCACUCUUACCACACAAUAAAAACUCACAAUUCUGUAACAGAGUUCAAUGCUUUGUGUAUACAAGACAGCUGUCCAGUGAAAAUAUGCUUAAAGGUGUUUUCUGAAGAUUUAUUGUACAAUCUGAGCUUUACAUCAUGUAGUUUAAGAUUUGUCAUUCUGUUAUCAAAGAAUUGGCAAUAUUGUAGUGAUUUGUCAGAAAGAUCUCGGUCUGUACAUACAUGAACAUAUUUAAGUUGUAACAAAUUGUUAAAAUUCAAUGUGUUUGAAAGGUUGUAAACAUCAAACUGCUUUGUCCAGUAAUUAGGACUUCAAAUUGCACUGUUGUUUGUGUUAUAAGAGAUAUUUAAGAAAUGGCAGGUCUUGUACAAAUACAUGUACAUGUAGUUUGUUCUUGUCAGGAAAUCCACAAAAUAGGAUUUUCUCCCACAUCGGAUGCUUUUUGAGUGAAAUGUUUUCCGUCCUAUGAAUUAACAUUGUCACAUAUGUACAUGUAACAUUUGUUUUUAUUAUUUUAUGCCAUGUGAUUAACUGUUGAAAUAUUGGCAGCAAAGUCUUGUCUUAUGGGUAGAACCCAGUUAUUUUAUUCCUUUUCCAGUUUGACAGGUUAAGCUUACACUUUAGAAGUCUGGAUGUAACACUCAGAACUGCCAUUAUUAGUGAAGUUUAUAAGAAUAUAAAGUUUAAUAUUUCAGUUGUGUUUUCUAAAGCUUUCUGACCAUGACAACUGCCUCUCUUGACAAAUGUUCAUGUGUUCACAGCUAGGUCAUUAAAUAAGGAGGAGGGGGCAUUGUAAAUCAGAGCUUUCAUUUUUCUGGUUGUGAUUUAUUUGGUACAGUGUAUUUCAACUCCACAGUAAAUUUCUGUUAUAAUGAAGUCCAAGGGACGUGUGAAUUUAUUUGCUUUAUCCUAAAGUUGUUAUAUAUGUAUAACAUAGAUUUAACACUUUUUUUUAUCAUCAGUGAAUUUUAAUUUUUAAUCACAAUAGCAACAACUGCAUUACCUGUCUCACAUUCUUACAAUCUCUGAUGCCAUCCAUAUACAAUUAGGUGUGAUAAAAUAACCAGAUUCAAUUUGUACUUGGAUGUGUGAGGUGUUAUUGUAUGAGCUUAGCUUAGUGUACAAUAUUUUAGGUACAACUUUACAUUUUUGUUACGUUUCACUGGCUUAUUUUAUGGAACUUACAUGUAUAUUUAUUAAGGACAUAUGAUGCUAUAUUUAUUGAAUGGAAAAAUAA